ACAACACAACUGGAAACAACUGUCAACAGUGCUUGGAAGGUUUCUAUGGCAAUGCAUCACAACAGAUGUGCCAAGGUCAUUUUCUAUUUAUAACUUUUUUUAAAAUUACUAACUUGUGCAAUAUUAGAUAAUAGUUUUCUUUUUUUUUUUUUUGUAUUUAAUCAUAAAGGACUGGUAUCACAAUUUUAUGUAAUGCGAAAGCAUUUUAUAGUGUAUAUAAUUUGUUUGUUUUUUAUUUUAAUUUUAUUUUCUUUUUUUAUCUUUUUUUAAAUUUACUAACUUGUGCAAUAUUAGAUAAUAGUUUUCUUUUUUUUUUUUUUUGUAUUUAAUCAUAAAGGACUGGUAUCACAAUUUUAUGUAAUGCGAAAGCAUUUUAUAGUGUAUAUAAUUUGUGUGUUGUUUAUUUUAAUAUUAUAAAACUACUCUAAAGAUGCAACAAUAAUUUUAAUUCAUCAAAUUACAAUUAAAAAUUCAGUAAAUAUGUUAAUUUAAAUGUCAUUUAUAAGCUGGUUUAAUUACUCUAUCUUUGUGGAAAUUUAAUGUUUUUUUCCAGUCAAGUAAAUGUGAACCUAAAAGCUCUUAAGGUUAUUUAUUUAUUUUACAUACAAAGAACUGACUUUGUUUGACCCUUCCUGGUAUGUGCAAGAGAAUUAUGGAGAGAACUUUGUUCAGGUUGAAGCAAUACAUACACAGGGUAGAAGCUUCCAAUUUUUUGCACUGUCUUUCUUCGGGUUUUCCUCUACACUGUGUAUAUUUCUUAAUAAAUUGCACCAUUUCAGAGUGUCACUGUGACAUUUCUAACUCUAACUCCUCAAUUUGUGACCCCACUUUUGGACAGUGCUCCUGCCUCUAUGGAGUGGGUGGUAGGAUCUGUGAUUCAUGCCUGCUAGGCUACUGGGGCUUCAACAAUGACAACAUCACAGGUAAAUCUCAGAAUGCUGUAUACCAUUGUACUUAACAUUUAUUCAUUAGGUUACUUAACAUUGAUAGUGGGAAUAAUGUGUUACAGCUCUUAUUUCUGUCUAUGUCAUGUCCAUGGUAUGGCUAAGGGAUUUUUGUUGUUGAAAUCUAACCAAGGCUGUCAGCAUUGUGGCUGUGUUGAAGCUGGUAGUCUGAAUGUGACAUGUAACAAUGACACCGGACAGUGUCCAUGUAAACCCAACACAAGUGGCAUGCAGUGCAAUGCAUGUAAUGAUGGUUAUUAUGGACUUCCACUAAAUCCAUGCCAAGGUGAGUUUUUUUCCCUUCCCCCCUCCCCCCCCCCCUUUUUUUUUUGAUUUGCCAUACAACUUUUUGCAAGGAUUUCUGAACUUACUGACUGCCUCUUAUUUUUUCUAAAUAAUUGCUGUUGAAGCUAAGUUUUAAACAGAAUUGAAAUGAUUUAUAAAAAUAAAUAGACUAGAGGCUCUUUUUCCACAACCCUACUUUUUGGAAUUUUUUUGUGGCUACUCAUGAAUUGUGUGCAGUCAAGUGGAGUAAUAUUCAACUAAAAAUGUAAUUUUUAUUUUUAGCUUGUGAUUGUAAUCUUACUGGCGCAAUAAAUGCAAGUUGCAAUCAAACUACCGGUCAAUGUCAGUGCAGGCCAGGAGUAGGGGGAAGACGUUGUGAUCAGUGUCUGCCAUUCUUUCUCAACUUUACUACAGAGGGCUGUCAAGGUGAUUAAAAAAUGUUCUUGUCUUUGGUGGCAGUUAAAUUAUGUUUGCUCUGAAAUUAUCUAUAGUAAGAAAUUAUGCAAAUAUACAUUGUGUUAAUGAUUCAUUUUGAAGCACCAGAUUAUUUUUAUAUACAAAUUUUAAUAUAUAGCUCUUCAAUGAGAUGCCACAUAGUAUUGACUUAAUUUAAAGGAACUAAUUUAUCAAUAGUCCAUUAAUAAAAAAAAAAAAUUUAAUAUAGACUCAUUAAUUCUAAACCUUCUGUUCCAAAAAAUAAGGAUCACCAAUUUUUUAAACCUCGCUAAGAUGUCUAGAGCUUUUCAACAUGUGUGUCAACUCCUCGUUUCUACUAUAGAUUGUUUACUUCGUCGAAUUCUUUCACAGUUGUAAUACAUCAUACUAGUAUUGAAUGAAUUCAAGUCCUUUAUCACAAUAAAUGUAACUUUUAUACCUAAUCAUAUACACAGGCUGUAAAUUCCAUAAAUACAGGCAUAUAGCAGAGCUGGCUAUCAGACCGAAAUAAAACACAUCCUACAUCCACAAAGUUCCAUUCAUGACUGCCAGAUGAAUAAAACUAAGUCACAAAACAGACUAGACAAUACAUCAUAAUGAGCAUAAAAAUAUGUCACCAAGUCAAGCAGGGAAGAGCGUUCACUAACUAAUAAAACUCUCUAACACACACUGCGCGUAAUGAAACAUAAUAUUCAGUCGCAACAAUUAUUACUGAACUCCCUUACUUGACAAUGAGCUUUUCUACAGUAAAUAAAUUCCAAGCCUUUUAAAUCAAAAUGUUCCAGCCAAGCAAAUUUGACUGGCCAGAAGAUUUUUUGAUUAUACCUCAUGUAGUAUUGUAUUACCUGAAGGUGAAUCAGCUUUAAAGCUUUUCAGCAAACACUGGAUAAAGUAAAUAAGAAACAAGGGAUUCAAAACAACUUGAUGAGCUUUCCCCAAAAAAGUUACAGGGACUGAAGUCAUUUUCAAAAGAUUCAUGACUUUCCAGAAAACGGUUGUUUUUUUUAAGUACACCACUACAAUUUAUGUCUUCUGUUUAGAAUGUGGACUGUGUCAGGUUUCUUUGGGUAAUGAAAUCAAGAACCUGAUCGAUGUUGGUCAGGAUGUUUUGAACAAGACUACAUCAGUUCUACUAGUUCAGUCAGAAGGUGGAAGACUUGACGUGCUGUCCCAAAACUUGAACCAGAGCCUGGAGCAUCUUGGUUUGGCUGGCAGUAACGUAACUUCUGUCACAGACAUAGUCAAUGACCUGAACAUAUCCUCUAGUGCCCUGAAAACAAGUUUUGAAGCCACAGAAACCAAAGUAAACUUUUUAUUAUGACUAUUGUUUUAAUUUUCUUAGAUUGACUUUAUUUUAUUUAUUGACAUUGAGAGUUUUUAUUUAGUUUGUGCCCAUAAUCCUAAGUAAGGUUAUUCUUUGAUACAAUUAUACAAAAUAUAAAUUAGAAACCAUUUUGAAUCGCAAAUACUCAUAUUCAUUUUAUUUAUAGAUAAAUUGUUACAUCAGCAAAUAUUAUUUUGUUUAAUUUGUAAUUAAAUGUUUUAUUAAGUGAAUAAGUUUAGCUGGACCCUUUGUUAACUGUGGUAUCAGUCUACCUUAUUUUGACAUUUUGGUAAACCUCAACUCAAUAAAAGCAAGAAUUUACUUAAAUGUGAUAUCAUGUUAAAAAAUGUUGACAAAUCACUCCCAAUAGUUAAGAAUGCAACAAAAAUAAAUCAUUUUGCUCAUUUUGCAAAUCUCUAAUAAAAAUCAGAAAAUGUUGCAAUUGAAGAAAAUGGUAUGGACUAACUUGUAAUGCCAUAAGUUUGUUUUUGUACACACUCAUUUAUUUAGAAUGGUCAAAAUAUAUCUGCAAUUGAUUAGUGCACUUGAUUACUGCACUGACCCUUUCUGGUGUUGUUAAUCAUUCAUUUAUCCAUAUUGUGAACUCUGAUACAGACAGACGUUUGGAAACAGAAGAGUUCCACUUAUUUAUACAAUAGCUAUAAGUAUUUUACGUUAUGCUUAAUGGUGAACAUGUUUCAGCAUAGAUUUAAAAAAAAAAGUCAAUUAAGGAGAGCCACUGGAAAAAAAUGUACAAAUCGAAUACACUUUUAUUUAUUAAUAUUAUGCUUCAAUAUUUGUAAUUAAUAAUUCAUAAAUGUCUAUUAUCUUAGCCAUCCAAAUAAUAGAUUUCAUUUUUAAUCUACAGCUAUCAGCUUUGUCAAUUUCUUCUGAACAAAUAAAGAGCAAUAGUAGCUCAGAGGCAUCCAGAUUGAGCAACCUGAGAGCUAUUGCAAACAAUCUGACCUCUGACAUAAGCAGCUAUGAAGACAAAAUUACUGUUUACCUGUUGGACUUAAGGACGUACAAUAAUACUGCUUCACUGGUAAAUCUUUAUCUAAUUAGAAAUUGUAAUUGCACCCUGGAUUCAAUGUUAUUAUAUUUAGUAUUGUUGCUUUUAACUAAUGAUUUUUAUAUGUCCAUGGAAAUGUUAGUAUGUCUACUCUUUGUCAUUUUACUUUAAAAUUUAAAAAAAAAAAAGAACAAAAGUAAGUUAUAAAAAAAAAUACCAUUAUAAUUAAGAUGCUAAUAUUUUAACUUACGUUAUUAGUAGUAAAAUAUAUCUGACACAGUGAAUUACCUUUAAGUUAAAUGAAUUAGAUUGCAAAUUUUUACUGUAAUAAGCUCUAUAGAUUUUGUUAAUGCCAGAUUAAAUUUUUUUCACCAAUCUCAGUAUUUCAAUAGAGGAUCUGCUGUAAAUGGAUCAAUGCUGACAUUCCUAGAUGAGCUCAGUUCAACUGCCGCAUUGCUAGCCCAGGUCCAGAAUACCAGUGAAAUGGACACAACAAAUGAACUUAUUUCCCACCAGGUAAGAUGUUUCAGUUUUGUUUAA